AUGCAUUUCUCAUUUUCUCCCUUUCUUCUCAUCUUUUAUCUGCUCAGUGAACCAGCAAUUGCAAUGGAGAUUCAUAUACCAAACAUUCCCGCGGAUUUGACUUUCAAGUCAUUUCAGCGCCUCAUUGAACCAAUCCUCAACAGCCUUGGUAUUGUCGAUUACCUCUGUGAAAAGACACGUAACAAAAGGUACGCCAACAUCACAUUUCUCGAGCCGAGUGACGGGAACCGCUUCCUAUCAAUCUAUGGCCCUCACGGAAAGCCCUUGUCGAUGCUGGGCCAUGCUGUUCGCUGUCGGUUGAGCAACAAGGGACCGGAUCAAACGACAUUGAAGGUAAUCAGGCAUGCGAUAGACGAACGUCAAAGACGCAAGUCAAAGGCCCAUGUCCAGCCCCGGCCAAAGUCAGAACCGCUCCAGGCUUCAUGUCUAAGCUGUGGCUUGCACACAUUCGUCGAUGGAAGAUUCUCGUUUGUUUCGGAGUGGGAUGCUCAGGAGGGCUGCUUGGUUCGCUUUACCAAGCGGCAUCUCAUCUUCAAACUGACAGAUAGAGGCAUCGAUGUCCGCAUCCCACGCAAUGCCAUCGUUCAACUGGUCUGGUCGGAGAGCGGCAGAGCGUCUGUUACCCUGUCACAACCCCCUAUUAUCCUAGCCAAACGGUCCCCUGAGAAGUCAGACGUAAUAGAGCUCGAUGGCCUUGGUUCUAUUCAUCUUGAUUUUAGCAUAUUCGCAGAUAUAUUCUCUCGUCAACAGGCAAAGCCCGAGCCACGACAGCGACUCACUGCUAUUGACGAUGGCCACAGCAAUAUUUCCGCAUUUUGUCUCGUCUAUCACUUCCAAAUCACCGCAGCAUCCAUCGGCACACAUGGCGCCGGCGAACACUUUCACAAAGAGAUGUGGAACAUUACAGAGAAGGAGCCCUAUCAGGUCACGCGAGCUGAUAUCAAAUUCUAUCAUGCAUCUGACCUCCCGAGGCUGGGCCGCUUUAGUGAAGCUCUGACUCGUCUCAACAACCAGCUUGACUCGUACACGACAAGUAAUGACUUGCCAUUCGGUAUUUUGUUUUUGCUCCAAGCUCUUGUCUAUAACUGUUAUCUUCAUCCAACAACGGUGCAGGCCGUGGCUAGAGAACUUCUCGGCCGUUCCAACAUCUCGAUUGACGCCUUCAGGAAGCUUUUCGACUGGAUCGACUACCCGGCACCUGAGAGCAAUCCAAGACAGUUCGAAGUAGAUGGGAUCAUUGAAAGCCUCGAUGUCGCAGAAAGACAAGUCCACGAAGCCCAGCUCAUGAGGGCGGAGCUGUUCAACGACAAUGAAAAUUCGACACGCAUAUUUCGUGUUUCAAUCUCUCCCAUGCGUAUAACCCUCCACGGGCCAGAACUGGAGACUAAAAACAGAAUCCUCAGAAAAUUUGACGGCAAGGCCAACUUCUUUUUCCGAGUCCAACUCUGCGAUGAGAACGGCCAGGAUUUGCUCUUCAACCCCACCAUCUCACUUGACACUGUUUACAGUCGGUUCAAGUCAAUACUACGCAAAGGAAUUGCAGUCGCCGGCAGGCAAUACAAGUUUCUGGGCUUUUCCCACUCUUCGUUGAGAGCCCAUUCACUGUGGUUCUCAGCCCCGUUCUACCACGAGGGUAAAUUGCAAAUCCCCGAACACAUCAUCGAGCAGCUGGGCGACUUUGCGCCCAUUAGAUCACCGGCUCGCUGUGCUGCUAGGAUUGGUCAAGCGUUUACCGAAACGCCAUACUCCGUGUCCCUUGUAGACAAUGGGGUCCAAACGAGCGAAAUCCCGGAUGUGGAAAGAAAUGGCAGGGUGUUUUCCGACGGGGUGGGGGUGCUUUCACCCCAGGCAGCAGAGGCAAUCCAUGAUGCUAUCCCUGAAUCCAAGGGCGAGCCGACCUGUUUCCAGAUCCGAUGGGCCGGGGCCAAAGGAAUGCUUUCUCUGGACACGGAGCUCGAGGGCAGUCAGAUCUGUAUCCGGCCGUCCAUGAAAAAGUUCGAGUCACCCGACGAAGCAAACCUGGACAUCUGCGACAUGGCUUCCAAGCCAAUACCAAUGAUGCUGAACCGCCAAAUGAUCAAGAUACUGGAAGAUAUGGACGCACCACCCUGGUGGUUUUUGGAGCUGCAGAGAAAGGAAGUUAACCAUCUACGUGCCAUCACGAGGACCGUUUCCAGUACGGCCAGCUUCCUGGCCAUGAAGGAUAUCGGGGAGAGUAUUCGUCUCCCACACCUCCUCCGGCAGACCGAGGCCAUGGGGGUUGACUACCACCAAGAUCUGUUUCUUCGCAGUGUGGUGGAGAUGGCCCUGCUGAAGGAGAUCAAGUUGAUCAAACACAAGGCACGCAUCCCUGUCCCCAAAGGUAUCACUCUGUUUGGUGUCAUGGAUGAGACGGGUUUUUUGCAGGAAGGCCAGGUGUAUGUGAGCUUCGACACCAUGCAAGGUCGGUACCACGAGCCUCCAGAGUGUCAAAAGGUUGUAAUAACCAGAUCCCCGGCACUGCACCCCGGCGACAUCCAGCUCGCCCACCACGUCAUCCCUCCCGAGGGCCAUCCUCUCCUGGAGCUCCGCAACUGUGUCGUGUUCAGCCAGCGGGGGGACAGAGAUCUGCCCAGCAUGCUCUCGGGGGGAGACCUCGACGGGGAUAUCUACAACAUCAUCUGGGAUGAGGCAAUUGUGAGCCAAGUCAGGUCAUUUUCACCAGCCGACUACCCACGCCUACCGAUCGUGGAGCUUGGCAGAAAGGUGGAAGCAGAUGAUAUGAUUGAUUUCUUUGUCGACUUUAUCAGCCAGGAUUGCUUGGGUGUGAUCGCAACACGGCACAUGAUACUUGCAGACCUCGCACCACAAGGCACGCGUGAUAGCGACUGCGUUAAACUGGCCGAACUCCAUUCCCAGGCCGUGGACUUUUCCAAGACAGGGAGGGCGGUCAAUCUUCGCGAGCUUCCCAAAACCCCCAGACAAGGACGACCUCAUUUUCUUGCCGCAGGGUCCCAAGUGCUCGUCCAAGAAAAAGUAGAUGUUGAGUUGCUUGAUGAACAGGGAGGUGAUGAGGAUGAUGACGACGACGAGGCCGAUCAGGAUGGGCCGCGUCAUAGCUAUUACCGCAGUGACAAGAUCCUAGGGCAACUAUACGAUGCCGUCGACGAGGAAAAGAUAUGGCACCAAGACAUACAACUGCCACGUUUGAGCCCCAAUGACAAUGCAUUCUGGCGCCAGAUGCUGGUGGUCCUGGAACAGCGCGUGGCAGCGGCUUCAAAGGUCAACUGCAAGUGGCGGAACCGCUUGGACGAGGCGCAUGGAGUUCGCCAUACGUAUGAGGAUGCCAUGUACGACAUCAUGGUGAAUUAUUCCGACCAUCCAUUCAAGCCCCUUCGUGAGACGGAAGUGUUUUCGGGAUUUAUUGUCAGCAAGACCGGGUCUGCAAGCCGCCGCCAACGCGACAGGUCCAUCAAGAUGAAUGACGAGUUUGAGCGUGUGUCCAAGUUGGUUAUGACGACCAUGCACAAAGGGCCUGGUGCCCUGGAGCUGUGUCUGGCGUGUGUGCACGCUGGACUGGUGGUAAAGGAACCUCGAGGUAGGCAAGUCUGGCACCGAGGCUCAUCUGAUGAUAUCGUGAGCUUUCGGAUUGUGGCGGCGUCGGCGUUGCUACAAGAGCUCAACGCCCUCGAGAGCAAUGAUUGUUUAGUUUGA